UUUCUCUUUAACUUUUUUUUUUCAGUAUAUCAUCCUCAUAUUAAUAUAACAUGGAUCUUUCUUGGUGCCUUGCUUGUGAUCGUCAUUGUCUUGAAGAUAACGUAAGGAUCAUCAUAACUAUUACUACAAUAAAAUGCUAACUCUUUUUUUUUUUUUUUUUUUGAACAGUUAUAUUGUUCAGAAUCUUGUCGCAUGAAGGACAAUCAAUCAGUAUCAUCAUCAUCUUCUUCGUCAUCACCAUCAUCAUCACCAUCAGCCACCUUAUUCAAUGCAUUCCCAAGACCUGGUACUCCAACCUCUCCACUUUUGGAACCUUUCUUUUCCUCUUUCUCACACUCACAUGAUCAUCGAAACUCGGUCCUUAUUCCAAGCAGUCGAUCACUCUCUACCUCUUCCUAUCCUUUGUUUGCUCCUAUCAGUGAUACCUAGAUUCCAUGUAUCUAGUUAUAUGUUAUUAAUGUUAUUCUUGAUCAUCACCUCUCUCUUGCCCUUUCCUGCAUUGUUAGACAAACCUCUUAUGGUUUCCUCCUCUCAUUCUCUUGAUACAAAAAAAAGAAAAAGAGACAAUAAUAUUCAUCACAUCAUGAUAAUCAUUCAGAGUGGAUCUCUUGUUUGUUUGUUAGUUGGUUCUCUUUUGGCAUCAUGCAUAGAAGAACAACUAUUUAUAUCUUUACGUGUUUUGAUAUGCGCAAAAGAUUUGAUGAACCUAUCUUGUACAUAUUUGAUCACUCCUUCUCCUUCCCCUCUUAUUAUUAGUCAUAGAUUUCUCUUAUUUCUUCUUUUUUUAAUAAUAACAACAAUAAAAAAAAAAGUAUUUCACAUCAUGUCAAAUUUCAUCGUUUCCUCCGUAAAGCAUCAAGAAAAAAAAAAGGGGGGGGAAUAUCCCUAUUUUGGAAAAUGGAUCGCAACCUGGUUGAAAGUCGCCAAUAGAAAAAGAACAAAAGAGUAAAUUUAGGAUAUCAAUGAAACAACACUGUUUAUUUUUUUUUUUUAAAAAAAAAAGUCUAUGUAAACUGAAACCAAUAUAUCUAUUCUAGCAAGCCAAAGG